AUGGCCAACGUAGCGAGUUCAAAAGGGGAUUUCUCAUGGAUUUGUCUCAAAGAUUUCACUUCCUUCUGCACUCAGAGGAGCAUCAUUGACGCUAUGAAUAUACUAUUUGUCUGUGCUUUUUACAUAUCUUUUCUUAGCAGUUUGAUCAGAAAAAAGUACGCAAAUGACUUCCACAGAAAGGGAUGGGUUUCUUUAGCUGCCUCAGUCUAUUGUGCCCUUAUAAGCAUUGCAUAUUUUAGUAACGGAGUGUGGAAUCUUAUAGCCAAACCUGAAGAUCUUAGGAAGUUGGGGUGGUUGGUUUAUUUUUUCCGUGGACUAGUGUGGAUUUCUUUAACAAUCUCCUUGCUUGUUCAGAGAUCAAAAUGUAUUAAAAUUCUAAACUCUGUUUGGUGGGCUUCUUCAUGCAUACUUGUUUCAGCUCUCAAUAUUGAGAUUCUGUACAAAGAGCAUAAAAUUCAAACAUUUGAUAUGGUUAAAUGGCCAGCACAGUUUCUACUCAUUUUCUGUGCAUUCAGAAGCCUUUAUUUUAUUCCUCAGAGAAUCCAAAAUCCCACUGUUUCAGAGCCUCUUUUAGGUCAAAAUCAAAAGGCUGAAAACAAAAAAAUAAAAAUUUCUCAUGCCACUUUUCUCAGAAAAUUGACUUUCUCUUGGAUUAAUCCCUUACUGAGUUUGGGCUACUCCAAGCCACUAGCUCUUGAAGAUAUCCCAUCUCUUGUUUCUGAAGACGAAGCUGCUUUAGCCUAUAAAAUUUUUUCUCAUGCAUGGAAUUCCUCUUUAAGAGAUAGAAGCAAAAAUAGUAAUACCAAGAACUUGAUUAUUUGGUGUAUAUCAAGAGUUUACCUGAAAGAGAACUUUCUUAUAGCAAUCUGGGCAUUGCCCAGGACAAUUGCUGUAGUAGUUUCUCCUUUAUUACUUUAUGCUUUUGUGAACUAUUCAAAUAGUAAAGAGGAAGAUCUAAAAGAGGGUCUUGCCAUACUGGGUUGCCUGUUUAUCUGUAAGGUCAUUGAAUCUUUGCCUCAAAGACACUGGCAUUUUCACUCAAGAAGGUUGGGAAUGAGAAUGAGAUCAGCUCUAAUGGUGGCAGUCUAUGACAAGCAGUUGAAGCUUUCAAGUGCAGCCAGAAGAAGACACUCAACAGGGGAAAUAGUAAAUUACAUAGCAGUUGAUGCUUAUAGAAUGGGAGAAUUUCCAUGGUGGUUUCAUAGCACAUGGACUUAUUCAUUACAACUUUUUCUAGGCAUUGGGAUCCUAUUUGGUAUUGUCGGCAUUGGUGCUCUUCCAGGUCUAGCCCCUCUUGUCAUAUGUAGCCUUCUUGAUAUACCCUUUGCAAAUAUUCUUCGAAAAUGUCAGUCAGCAUUUAUGGUUGCCCAAGAUGAACGUCUAAGGUCAACUUCAGAGAUGCUAAAUAAUAUGAAAAUCAUAAAGUUGCAAUCUUGGGAGGAAAAGUUCAGGACUUUGGUUGAAACCCUUCGUGCGAAAGAAUUCAAAUUUCUGUCUAAGGCACAAUUUUUGAAAGCUUACGGGGCGGCGACCUAUUGGAUUUCUCCUACCAUUGUUUCAUCUGUGAUCUUCCUAGGAUGUUCUGUUUUCCAGAGUGCCCCCUUGAAUGCAGGAACCAUUUUCACGGUUCUUGCAACUUUGAGGAGCAUGGGUGAACCUAUUAGAAUGAUCCCAGAGGCUAUUUCUGUGCUGAUCCAAGUUAAGGUCUCUUUUGAUCGUCUCAACACGUUUUUGCUUGAUGAAGAACUAGAAGAUGGAGAUAUUGGAAGGAAUUCAACGCAAAGCCCAGUUAAUGGUGUGGAAAUUCAAGGUGGAAACUUCAGUUGGGAUCUGGAGUCAAUGUCUCCAACUUUGACAAAUUUGAAUGUAGAAAUCAAACGGGGGGAGAAAAUUGCAGUGUGUGGACCAGUUGGAGCUGGAAAAUCAUCCCUCAUACAUGCAGUGCUUGGCGAGAUACCCAAAAUUUCAGGAACUGUUAAAGUGGGUGGAAACCUAGCCUAUGUUUCUCAAACAUCUUGGAUUCAAAGCGGAACAAUACGCGAUAACAUACUCUUCAGCAAGCCAAUGGAAAAAACCAGAUAUGAGAAUGCCAUCAAAGUUUGCGCCUUGGAUAAAGAUAUCAACGCUUUUAGCCACGGUGACCUUACAGAAAUUGGUCAGCGAGGGAUCAACUUGAGUGGAGGACAAAAGCAAAGGAUUCAACUGGCUCGAGCAGUAUACAAUGAUGCUGAUAUUUACCUCUUAGAUGAUCCUUUCAGUGCAGUAGAUGCGCAUACUGCUGCUAUUCUGUUCAAUGAUUGUGUCAUGACUGCUCUAAGGGAGAAAACUGUCAUUCUAGUGACUCAUCAGGUGGAGUUUCUUGCACAAGUUGAUAAAAUCUUGGUAAUGGAGGGGGGAAUAGUUACACAAUCAGGAUGUUAUGAAGACCUUAUGAUAGAAGGGACAACUUUUAAACAGCUUGUAAAUGCCUAUAGAGAAGGAAUAGCAGGGUCUGAUAAAAACACUGAAAUUCCAAAAGAAUCUGAAGGAGCAGUUGGUGUUAAUCAGCCACUGGAACCUCAUGACUUUCAUGUCACUAUGGAUCAUAUUUGCGAGGAGAACAUUUCUACAGAAGUUCAAAUUGGGGUACAACUUACACAAGAAGAAGAAAAAGAGAUUGGUGAUGUUGGCUUGAAGCCAUUCUGGGAUUAUCUUUGUCUCUCUAAAGGAUUAAUGCUUAUGGGUUUGAGCAUUUUAGCACAGUUGACUUUUAUUGCUCUGCAGUCAACAUCAAUCUUUUGGCUUGCUCUAGCCAUUGAAUUCCCAAAUGUAACAAAUGUCAUCUUGAUUGGAGUUUACACAAUAGUUUCACUUCUAGGUGUUGUCUUUGCGUGCUCAAGGUCUAUCAUCAGUGCUUAUCUUGGAUUAAAAGCUUCUACAUCUUUCUUCUCUAGUUUCACUAAUGCUAUCUUCAAAGCUCCUAUGCUCUUCUUUGACUCAACCCCAGUAGGGAGGAUUACGACCCGUGUUUCAUCAGAUUUGAGUAUUUUAGACUUCGAUAUACCUCAUGCCUUGGACCUUGUGACCGCUGGUGGAACUGAACUCCUGGCAACAAUCGGGAUAAUGGCUUCAGUCACGUGGCAAGUACUUAUUGUUGCAGUUCCUGCCUUAAUAGCUUCUAAAUACUUGCAGGGCUAUUAUCAAGCCUCUUCAAGGGAACUAAUGAGGAUAAAUGGAACCACAAAAGCUCCAAUUAUGAAUUUCUCAGCUGAGACAUCACUCGGAGUUGUGACUAUGAGAGCUUUCAACAUGAUAGACAGAUUUUACCAAAAUUACCUCAAACUUGUGGACACAGAUGCAAAGCUAUUCUUUCAUUCUGCUGGGUCCUUGGAGUGGUUACUUUUGAGGAUUGAAGCACUUCAAAAUUUUACACUCUUCACAGCAGCUUUACUGCUUGUUCUUCUUCCAAAGGGAUAUUUGUCUCCCGGCCUUGCAGGACUCUCUCUAUCAUAUGCCUUGACAUUGACAGGAACCCAAAUUUUUAUGACUCGUUGGCUUUGCAACUUAUCUAAUCAUAUUGUUUCCGUUGAAAGAAUUAAUCAGUUCAUUCACAUACCAGAAGAGCCUCCUGCAAUUGUGGAGUCCAGAAAGCCUCCACUGUCGUGGCCUUCCAAGGGUAGGAUUGAGCUUCAAAAUCUUGAGAUAAGGUAUCGUCCAAAUGCUCCAUUAGUUCUUAAGGGAAUUACCUGUACGUUUAAAGAAGCGAAUAGAGUGGGAAUUGUAGGGAGGACUGGAAGUGGAAAAAGUACACUUGUAAGUGCUUUGUUUCGCUUGGUUGAUCCUGCAAGAGGUGAUAUUCUUAUCGAUGGGAUCAGCAUAUUCCCAAUGGGGUUGAAGGAUUUGAGGAUGAAGCUGAGCAUUAUUCCUCAAGAACCCACUUUUAGGGGUAGCAUUAGAACCAACUUGGAUCCUCUUGGCCUCUACUCUGACAAUGAAAUCUGGGAGGCUUUAGAGAAAUGCCAGCUCAAGUCAACAAUCAGCAGGCUUCCAAAUCUAUUGGACUCUUCUGUAAAUGAUGAUGGUGAAAACUGGAGUGUGGGACAACGUCAGCUCUUAUGCCUAGGAAGAGUUCUUCUGAAGCGAAAUAAGAUUCUUGUUCUUGAUGAAGCCACUGCUUCCAUUGAUUCUACCACAGACGUCAUCCUUCAACGAGUUAUCAAACAAGAAUUUGCAGGGUGCACAGUUAUAACCAUAGCUCAUCGAGUUCCAACCGUAAUAGAUAGCGAUAUGGUUAUGGUCCUCUCUUAUGGGAAAGUGGUGGAAUAUGAUGAGCCUUCAAAGCUUAUAGAGACAAACUCUUCUUUCUCCAAACUUGUUGCUGAGUAUUGGUACAGCCGCAAUAAGAACUCCCCCAAAUUUGUAAUUGAUAUUAAUAUAUAGGGUGAGUGUGAUGUGUUAAUCUCACUCUUUAUUUGUUA